AUGAACGCUACCGCCGCCCACAUCUACAUCCGCGGCGAGCUCAUUCAAGAAGCGCGCCACCUCCAGCAAACUAUCGACGAGGCGUACAAAGCCGACUUCAUUGGAAGGGACGCUUGCGGUUCUGACUCAUUUGACGUGUGCCGUCACCGCGGAGCUGGCGCGUAUAUCUGCGGAGAGGAGACGGAGCUUACUGCGAGAACGGAGGGGAAGCAAGGAAGGCCGCGUUUGGGGCCGCCGUUUGCGGCUGACGUCGGUUUGUCUGGUUGCCCGACCACUGUCGCAAACGUCGAGACUGUCGUCAUUGCACCUACCAUUGUGUGGCGCGGCGGGGCGUGGUCUGUGAGCUUUGGACGCGAGCGUUACCCGUGCACCAAUGCAGGCGCUGCGCUACACGUCAAUGCAGUGCGUAAGAUAUUGGCGGGCGACGCAUAG